AUGAAUCCUAUCAAUAGGCUCCCUUUACAAGGAGUUAAAGUUCUUGAUUUAACACGUGUUUUAGCUGGACCGUUCGGUAGUAUGAUAUUGGCUGAUUACGGUGCAGAUGUAAUUAAAGUUGAAAAACCAGGCCAGGGUGAUGAUACACGAACAUGGGGACCGCCUUAUGUCGAAGAUCAGAGUGCAUAUUUUUUAAGUAUCAAUCGAAAUAAGCAAAGCAUUGCUGUUGAUAUGAGUCGUAAACAAGGUCAAACAAUUAUUCGUGAGUUAGCUAGAAAAAGUGAUGUUGUAAUGGAAAAUUAUUUACCUGGGCAAUUAAAGAAAUUCGGUCUCGAAUACAAAGAUCUUCAAUUGAUUAAUGAUAGACUUAUCUAUUGUUCAAUAACAGGUUAUGGAAGUCAAGGUCCCUAUUCAAGAAGACCAGGCUAUGAUUUAAUUAUUCAAGCAUUAGGUGGCAUGAUGAGUAUCACUGGAAGUUCAGAACCUGUCAAAGUUGGUGUUGCUGUGAUUGAUAUGGCUACGGGUUUAUCGAGUGUUGGAGCUAUUACUGCUGCUUUGUAUCAACGUGAAAAAACUGGUAAAGGAACAAAAAUUGAAUGUUCUUUACUUGAAACUCAACUUUCUCUUCUAUCACAUAUUGCUGCCAAUUAUUUGAAUGGUGGUUGGGAAGCUCAACGUCAUGGUACAGCUCAUGCAUCUAUUGUUCCUUAUCAGGCUUUUAUAUGUCAAGAUGGUGAACGAAUAAUUGUCGGAGCUGCCAAUGAUCAAUUUUUUCAUGAGCUCUGUUCAAUUGUUAAUUUACCAGAACUUACAACGGAUGAUCUAUUUAAAACUAAUAAACUUCGUGUAACGAAUAGAAAAAGCUUAAUUUCCAUUUUAUCAAAAAAAUUUUUAGAAAAACCUUUAGCUGAAUGGAUUGAACUCUUUCAAAAAGCAAAUAAAAUUCCUUAUGGCCCAAUCAAUGAUAUGAAAGGUGUUUUUGAAAAUGAACAAGUCACUUUUCUAAAACAAGUACUAGAAAUGAAAAAUCCAAAUAGAAAUAAGCCAGUCCGAAUUGUUGGUCCAUCAGCGAAUUUUGAAAAUAUUGAAAAAUCAGCAAUGCUUCGUCGUGCUGCACCAUUACUUGGUGAACAUACUCGUUCAAUUCUUCAGACUGAACUUGGAUAUACAGAUGAAAACAUCGAUAAACUUAUUCAAGAUAAAAUUAUUCAAUAA